AUGGCGAUGCGGUUGGCUGCGCGGCGCGGGCGGCCCGUGCGGGUGCUGGUGGACAUGGACGGCGUUCUGGCGGAUUUCGAGGCCGGCCUCCUGCGGGGCUUCCGCCGAAGCUUCCCCGGGGAGCCGCACGUGCCGCUGCAGGAGCGCCGCGGCUUCCUCGCGUGCGAGCAGUACCGAGCCCUGCGCCCGGACCUGGCGGACAAAGUGGCCAGUGUGUAUGAAGCCCCAGGCUUUUUCCUAGACUUGGAGCCCAUCCCUGGAGCCUUGGAAGCAAUGCGGGAGAUGAAUGACAUGCAGGACACCGAGGUCUUCAUCUGCACCAGCCCUCUGAUGAAGUAUGACAACUGUGUGCACGAGAAGUACCGCUGGGUGGAGAAGCACCUGGGGCCCCAGUUUGUGGAGCGCAUUAUCUUGACGAGGGACAAGACGGUGGUCUUGGGGGACCUGCUCAUUGAUGACAAGGACACCAUUCAAGGCCAAGAGGAGACCCCAAGCUGGGAGCACAUCUUGUUCACCUGCUGCCACAACCAGCACCUGGCCCUGCCCCCCCCACGGAGACGGCUGCUCUCCUGGAGGGACAACUGGAAGGAGAUUAUAGACAGCAAGCGGGGAGCCCUGCAGCGGGACCGAACCGGCCUGGGGCUGCCCCAGGAAUAAGGCGAGGGGCCAUGGCUGUGGACAGUAGCUGAAAGAAGGGAAGGCAGACCAGCAGGGAACCCGGGCAGAACUGAGCGACAGGGCAGCAUCAUGGCAAUGACCCCUCAGCACUGUGCCAGCCACCUGAACCCUCCUGGCAGAGCUGGCAUGGAAACAUGGUGGGAAAAUCAGGAACCUUUUUAAUAAAACACUUUGGCUCACUGCU